CAGCAGUUUACGGAAGUGUAGCCACCCACGACAAAGAUGGAGGACGACAUCUCAGAUUUGAGCAGACCACAAAUGUACUUGUUUGGUUGUACGCUCAAAUCGGACAAAAAGGAGUUCAAAGUUGACGUAGAGGACGAUGAUACGGAGCAGCAGCUGUCACUCAAAGCCGUGUGCUUGGGGGCCGAGGCGGAGGAUAAGUUCCACAUGGUGGAGAUUGAAGGCCUCACAUAUGAUGGGAAGACAACCAAGGUGCCACUGGUUGCCCUGAAGCCGUCCGUCCUCCCGUCUAUGAGUUUAGGUGGAUUUGAAAUCACCCCUCCUGUAACUUUCCGUCUCCAGUCCGGCUCCGGGCCGGUGUACAUCAGCGGGCAGCAUUUUGUUAGCAUGAAGGACUCCGACGACGAAGAGGAGGAGAACAACACGUCGCCGGUGAAGAGGCCGGCGGGCCUGAUGAGCGGGAAGAAGCCUGCUCUGAAAAAGCUGAAGAUGGACUCAGAUGAUGAUGAUGAUGAUGAUGAAGAAGACAGCGAUGACGAUGAUGGUGAUGAUGAGGACGAUGACAGUGAUGAAGAUGAUGUCAAGAUUCAGAAGAAUUCCAUAAAAACGCCCAAAAAAAUCCCCGAGUCCUCAGUGAAGAAGCCCAAGAGCGCCGUGAAACAAAACGGCGCUGCAGGAAAACCGGGAGGAUCAGCCGUCAAACCGCAGAGCAAGACAUCAACCCCAGGAAAAGACAAGGCCGAGGCUGGGCCAUCCAAAUCGCCCUCUUUGUCUGAAAUAAAGACCAAGUUGUCGUCUGCAGCCAAAGAGGGAAAACCACUACCGAAGACAGAGCAGAAGUUUGAAAAUUUCGCAAGAAGUUCUUUUAAAAUUGCAGAUAAAAAAGAAUCUCAGCAGAGCUCGGCUGAUUUCAGGUUUUACAUCGAGAACCACACGAGGAAUCCGGACGACCUGAGUCGGAAGCAGAUCCGGAUCUACCAGCUGUACAGCCGAACCACCGGGAAGCACGUGCAGAUCCUGGGGAAGAAGAUCAACGCCAACGGAGACGAUGGGGGCAAGUACGCUCUCCUCGUCGUCGAGACGGAAACCUUCGGGAGCCACAUCCGAAUAAAAGGAAAAGAGAGCGAGCAUUACAUUUGCAUGAACGAGAAGGGCAAAAUAGUUGGAAGGCCUGACGGACGGAAGCAGGAGUGCGUCUUUGUCGAGGAAUUCUUGGAGAACAACUACACGGCUCUGGUGUCGGCCAAGUACAAAGGAUGGUACCUCGGCUUCAACCGGAAGGGCCGGCCCAAGAAAGGCUCGCGGACCACGCAGACGCAACAGGAAGUCCACUUCAUGAAGCGCCGCCCGAAGGGCAAGAUGGACCCGCUGGAGGAGUUUCGUUACACCACAGUAACUAAGCGGACACGAAGGGCUCGGCGAUUAAAACCCAACCCCAAAAGGAACUGACGGGACCGAGGGGACGCAGCACUAUUUUCCAUGGAAAAAAAAAAAAUCUCAAGCUCCUUGUCUUAAAAGAAUCACCUUAAAAGACUUCACACACUCAAAAAAAAGAAAAGAACAAAACAGUAAAAAAAAAAAAAAAAGAGUCAAAGAUGUUUUAUUUUUGUAUUUCAGGACGACUGAAUAUCUCCCACCUCUUGGAUUCUCCUGGGUUUAAUGUCAUUGUGCUCUCGUGUCUGUCAUGUUAUUUAUACUGGAUAAACUAAAGGACCUCUGAGAGACUUCUCGUCGCCGGCGUUCUCAGCUACGUUUGAACCGCAAGCUGAAGGCAUACCUUUCUUCUUCU